GUUUGUAGACUGACCUGGAAGGAUGAACAUGAUGGCGGUUGCAUCAAACGUGCAAUUUCCAUGUGGAUCAGGGACCCGACUAGUGAAAUCUUGUGGACUUGAGUGCUCCUCCACUGUAGACAUCGGGGUCUUCUCUUCUUGACUGCCGGCAACUGAACAAUGCUGCCUAUGUUUAUGUUGGCAAUCGCUUGAUACUGCAGCAACUGGAAAUCCAAAGAGAUGGAAGAGCCAUCAACUUCAAGAAUAAAGAUGGGCACAGACGCAAUAUCUAUAAUCACUGAGCUCCUGAAAGUGAUGGAUGAUGAUCAACUAUUUCAAUUGACAAAUUAUUACCGUGAGAGGCUAGAGCAGGCGACUGAAGAAGCGGUGGACAAAGUCAGCUUCGUGUUCACAUACGAGAGAUAUUUCAGUGGCCAAGAAUAUCAGAAAGUCAUUCAGCAAGUGGAGAAUGAAAAUUGGCUUGAUGGUUCCAAACUCCUCCUGAGUACGAUGAUGGAGAAAGACCCUCAGACACAAAGGUUAAUAUGGCAAUCCUUUGUGAAAAUGCAUCACAUUUUACCAAAAUUGGACGAACUUCUGCAAGAGAUAAAGGAACUUGGUUCUGAUCCCAUUGUACAUUUGAAGAUCAUACAAGGUUUAUCAGAAGUACCUAAUCACCUGAAAGAUGUUCAACAGAAGCAUAAGCAGACUCUGCAGGCACAAACUGAAGAACUGAGAGUGAAUACAAUCCUGAUGAGGGAGAAGGUUAAGGUUUUCCAGCUUGUUGAUCGAUACGCUGACCUGACUAUCAUUUCUACUCUUCGAGAUCGGAGACUAAUGGAACAUGAGCUGCUGGCAAGAGGUCGGGACCAUGAGGAGUGGAGAAAGAUGCAUUUCCAGGGAAAACUAAAACAAAUUCGGACUAAUCAAUUAUUCCAGAGCUGCUUUUCCCGGAGUAAAUCUAGAUCUGGGUGUUCGGCAGCAGUGGCCGGCGUGCCAGGCAUUGGAAAAACGACAAUGGUACAAAAAAUUGUUUAUGACUGGGCCACGGGGAAAAUAUACCAACACUUCCAAUUUGUCUUUAGUUUCAAAUUCCGGGAUUUGAAUACCAUUAACUGUAGAACAACCCUGAGCGAACUGAUUAUCGAUCAAUAUCCUUACCUCCAGAAUAUUCUGCGAGAUGUCUGGAAGAACCCAAAGGUAUUGCUGUUUAUAUUCGAUGGGUUGGAUGAAUACAAAGGUAGAAUUGAUUUUGCUGCCAGUCGGAGAGACACAGAACCUCAGCACCAGUGCCCAGAUCCCGAAUGGUGGUGUGACGUGUCGGACAUUGUGUACAGUUUAAUCCAGCACAAGCUGCUCCCAGGGUGUUCAGUGCUCGUGACCACCCGCCCCACUGCGUUGCUUCUAUUGGAAAAAGCAGAAAUCAAUAUCUGGGCUGAAAUCCUGGGAUUUGUUGGUGAGGAACGGAAGAAAUAUUUCACCAUGUUUUUUGAAGAUCAGACAGUGGCAGCAGCUGUUUUCAAACAUGUGAAGGAGAACGAGAUCCUGUACACCAUGAGCUAUAACCCCUCCUACUGCUGGAUCCUCGGUCUGGCACUGGGCCCCUUCUUCACACAAAGCCAAAUGGACCCGAAACGAGUUCCCAAGACCAUCACCCAACUAUAUUCCUAUUAUAUUUUCAACAUCCUGCAAAACCACGGCCGUGAGAUUGACAACCCCCGUGAUGUGUUACUGAGGGUUGGUCAGAUGGCCUUCGCAGGAGUGUCUGAGAAGACCAUUGUGUUUACAGAAGAGGACUUGAUCAAGAACAAACUGCAGCCAUCCCAGUUCCUGUCCGGGUUCUUGAUGGAACUGUUGGAAAGAGAGGAUUCUGCCCGGAGUGUGGUGUACACUUUCCCGCACCUCACCAUCCAAGAGUUUGCAGCCGCACUCGCACUAUUUCUGUCUCCAGAUCCCGGGGAUCUUGAGAAACUCCUCACUGAAGCUCACAGCGAGGAUGAUGGGCGAUUUGAGGUGUUUCUCCGCUUUGUCACUGGUCUCUCUUCUCCAGGGUCAGCUCAAAGCCUGGGGAAGUUUUUGGGUCCAUUUUGUCAUCAAACAAUCUGCAGAGUGAUUGACUGGGUAAAGGAUGAGGUGGAACAUCAGAUUGGAAACUCAGGGAGUGGAGCUGGUAAAAGGAGGCUCCGGAACACAUUACACUACCUGUUUGAGUCUCAGAAUCGCCAAUUGACGAGGUCUGCACUGGGAUCUGUGGAAACCCUUUCGCUCAGUGGAUUACGACUAACCCCCAUUGACUGUGUCGUCCUGUCUCAUGUCAUUGGAUUCUGUGAAGCAAUAAAACACCUCAAUCUACGGAGCUGCAACAUUCAGUGUGAAGGGCUCCAACGGCUGGGACCCGGGCUGCACAAGUGUCAGGAAUUGAGACUAGGGGACAAUGACCUGGGAGAUUCCGGAGUGAAGCCGGUGUUUGCAGCUCUGAGGAACCCUGAUUGUAAAAUACAGAAAUUGGAGCUGGACAAGAGUGGUAUCACAUCUUCCUGCAUCAAGGAUCUUGCAUUCGCUCUGAAAACAAACCAGUCACUGACAGAGUUGGAUAUGGGCAUUAAUAAACUGGGAGAUUCGGGAAUGAAACUGCUGUCUCUUGCUCUGGGAAAUCCAGACUGUAAAAUAAAGAUACUGCGGCUAUGGGAUGUUGGUCUCACAGCUUCUUGUGCAGAAGAUCUCUCCGCUGCUCUCAGGACAAACCGCUCGCUGACGGGACUAGAGCUGGGUGAUAACGAGGUGGCAGAUUCUGGAGUGAAGCUGUUGUCUGCAGCUCUGAGGACCACCGAGUGUAAAAUACAAAGACUGCGUUUUUGGGCUGCUGGUCUCACAGAUUAUUGCAUUGAGGAUCUCCUCUCCACACUCAGUACAAUCCACUCACUGAAAGGUCUAGACCUGGGAGCAAAUUCCUUGACAGACCGAUCUGUCCCCGCUCUUCGCCGUCUGAUACUCACCCAUCCGAGUCUGGAGUGGAUCUGGCUGGGACGAAAUCAAUUUACUUCAAAUGGAGAGAAUCAGCUGAAGUCGCUGCAGGGAACCAGACCUGGACUGAAUGUGUCUGUAUGAAACAUUGCUACAUUUUUCACAGAUUACCUGCUUCUCCGAGCAACAAUACUUCUGCUACGAGCCCUUUUGUGUCCAUAAAGGUUCUCAGUUCAAACUGAGCACCCAUUGACUUCUAUGGUAACUUGGAGAAGCGUGUGGCUUUGUAAUCAGGCCCAUGGAAUAUAGAACAUUGAACAGUGCAGCACAAAAACGGGUCAUUCAGCCCACAAUGUCAAUGCCAAACAUGAUGCUAAGACAAUCUCUAAUCUCAAAUUCGAUUUCGAGUUCAAAUUUAUUGUCACAUGCACCAAUUAAGGUACAGUGAUAAUUGAGAUACCAUACAGCCGUUCUAAGUGAAAAGCAACAAUACACACAGCCAUAUAAAAUAAAAUUAACAUAAACAUUCACCACAGCGGAAUCCACAUUCCUCACUGUGAUGGAAGGUUAUAAAGUUCAAUCGUCAUCCUUUUUGUUCACCCGUGGUGGGGGCUGUUGAAUCCUCCGCAGACACCGCUGCCGACGGUCCGAUGUCCGAAGCCCUCUCGUCAGGAUGAUCGCAACGCCGGCGUCGGGACGGAUUGCAACACUCCGCGGCAUGGAGCUCCUAAGUCGGCCUCUUCUUACCGGAGUCCGCGGGAUACUCGGCGUUAAAGUCCACAGGCCCUGUGGUUGGAGCUCUUCCGCAGGAGAUCCUUGGCAAAGGAUCGCAGGCUCCACGAUGUUAAAGUCUGCGCGCCCGCGGCUUGAAGCACUGGGCCAGUCUUUAGGAAAAGCCUCACCACUCCACGUUGUUAGUCCGCAGGGGAGACGGAGAUAUGAUAUGGAGAAAAAUCGCAUUUCCGUCGAGAUAAGUGACUGAAAAAAGUUUCCCCAAAUUCCCGCACCCUCCACAUAAACCAGACCAAGAAACACUUAAACAUACUUUUAAAACAUACUUCAAAUAAUUAAAAACAGAGAGGGGACAGACAGACUGUUAGCGAGGCAGCCACUACGGUGGCACCACCCAGUGUGCACAUAACCAAUAGCCCUCCAUUCCCUGCUUAUCAAUAUGUAUAUCCAAAAGUCUCUUAAAUGCUGCUUUUAUCUGCCACAACCACCUCUUUGCCAUUGCAUUCCAGGCACCCACCACGUUCAAUAUUUGAAAAAGAACUUGCCCCGCACAACUUCUUUAAACUUUGCCCCUCUCACCUUACAAUUAUGCCCUCUAGUAUUUGAUUUUUCCAUCCUGGGGGAAAAAAAGAUUCCCACUCUCCACUCCAUCCAUGUCUCCGACAAUUAUACACAAUUCAAUCAGGUCUCCUCACAGCUUCCAGCGUUCCAAAGGAAAUGAUCCAAGUCCGCCUAAUCUCUCUCUGCACUUAAUAUCCCCUAAUGCAGGCACCAUCUUGUAAACCUCCCCUGCACCCUUUCCAAAGCCUCCUCAUUCUUCCUGUAAUGUGGCGACCAGGACUGCAUGCAAUACUCCAAAUAUGACCUAACCAAACUCCAAUAAAGCAUCCUGACUUUUGUUGUUCUUAUACUCGGUACCCUGACCUACCAAAGCAAGCCACUUUAUCUACUUGUGUUUCCACUUUCAGGGUGUUAUGAACUUGGACCCAAUAUCCCUCUGUACUAUUAAUACUAUCAAUACUAUUAAGGGUCAUGCUAUUAAUUGUAUUUUUACUUCUUGCAUUUGACCUCCUAAAGGAACUUCUACAGGUAGAGAGCAUACUGACUGGAGCAUACUGACUGGUUAUGGGGAACAAGGCAGAAGAGUUGAACAGGUACUUUGGAUCUGUCUUCACUAAGGAGGAC